UCCACAAGUUGGCCACCUUACUCUCUAAUCAACAGCAAUCAGCAACCUUAUUUAAGAGCUUAGCAACUGGCCUCUUUGCACCUGCCAGUCUCUAAACUCUCUCCUUUUCUCCCCUCUCUGUUCUCCAGUUGUCUUCCAUUUCCAACGUCAAAAACUAGCAUCAGAUAUGUACAAUCCUAAUGGAAGAUCGAAGACCUUGCAUGUUCUUUUACCCAUUUCAGCACUUGUCUUAGUCCUGCUUUCGUCGGUAACUCUUCUAUUAAAGAGCCCCAAAACCACACAAAUCCAGCAUUUUCAUGUCCACAAUCAUCUGCAAAUUGCUCACUCAGCAUGUGAAGGCACCUUAUAUCCCGACCUUUGCGUCUCCACCAUCUCCGUUCUCCCAGAUCUAGCCUCCAAAUCACUCCCGGAGCUCAUCUCAGCAAUCCUGAACCAAACCAUGUACGAGGUCAGACUCUCCUCUUCAAACUGCACCAACAUUGAAAAGAGACUCAAAAGUUACAACACAUUGGAAGAGACAGCUAUAAACGAUUGCCUGGAGCUUUUUGAUAACACCCUGGCGGAGCUGAAAGUAGCCCUGACUGAUCUCGCCCCGAAAAAAUUAGCCGUCUCCAAGAACUACAACGACUUACAGACAUUUUUAAGCGCAGCAAUGACGAACCAGGACACGUGUCUUGAUGGGUUCGCUCAUAGCAAAGGAAAUAUUAGGAACAUUAUCAAAAGAGGUCUGCACAACAUAUCUCAUCACGUUAGCAACUCUCUUGUCAUGCUCAACAAAGUCCCUAGUGUUAACAUAUCCAAAUCCGAGGUUUUCCCUGAAUACGGACACGUGAAAAACGGGUUCCCAGAAUGGUUAUCCCGGAAAGAUCGAAAACUUCUACAGACUUCAGUAAAUGAAACCAAAUUCGAUCUGAUAGUUGCCGAGGAUGGCACUGGAAACUUCACUACGAUCACCGACGCUGUUGCAGCAGCUCCAAACAACAGUGACACAAGGUUUGUGAUAUAUAUAAAAGCCGGGGCUUAUUUUGAAAAUGUAGAGGUGGAAAGGAAGAAGAAAAUGCUGAUGUUUGUGGGAGAUGGGAUCGGGAAGACAGUAGUGAAGGCCAGCAGAAAUGUCGUUGAUGGCUCUACGACUUUCCGUUCGGCAACCGUCGCUGUGGUGGGUAACGGAUUCAUAGCCAAGGGGAUGACCUUUGAGAACUCAGCAGGGCCAAGCAAACACCAAGCGGUGGCUUUAAGGAGUGGGUCAGACCUCUCUGCAUUCUAUAAGUGCAGCUUCGUUGCUUACCAGGAUACUCUCUACGUCCAUUCCCUCAGGCAAUUCUAUCGUGAAUGUGACAUAUAUGGUACAGUUGACUUCAUCUUUGGCAACGCAGCUGUGAUUUUCCAAGGCUGCAAUUUAUAUGCUCGUAAACCGAAUCCAAACCAAAAGAACAUUUUCACAGCUCAAGGAAGAGAAGACCCUAACCAAAACACUGGGAUUUCAAUUUUGAACUGUAAGAUUGCUGCUGCUGCGGAUUUAAUCCCGGAAAAAUCAUCGUUCAAAACGUAUUUGGGGCGUCCCUGGAAAGAGUAUUCCAGGACAGUUAUUAUGAAUACAUACAUUGAUGAUUCGGUGGAUCCUACUGGAUGGUUAGAAUGGAAUGGGACAUUUGCAUUGAGUACCCUUUAUUAUGGGGAGUAUUUGAACAGAGGCCCAGGGUCGAAUACGAGUGCAAGAGUAACUUGGCCUGGUUAUAGGGUCAUCAACAGCUCGACUGAGGCACGUCAGUUCACUGUUGGGCUAUUUAUACAAGGAAACGAGUGGUUGAAUUCUACUGAUAUUCCGUUCUCUCUAGAUUUGAGUUGAAAUUGAAAACUAAAUGUCACUUAACUUCUUUUUUUUUUUUUUUUGUAAGUAAUUUGCUUUUGUUUUGGUUUGAUCAAGGUAGCCGCACCACAUUCUGAUCAACUACCAUCACAUGUCAAAUUGCUUUUCUGAUAGAAUUAAUAAAAUGCUUUAGUUUAGGAGAUUUUGCUCGUAUAAAUUGUUUGCAAUUCAUUUAAGAAUUUUAAAUCAAAAUUCACCGACCAAAGAAGAGUUAGGGUGGGGGUGGCAUUGGGGGUUCAGUAAUCAGAGCAGAUU